AUGUCCACCCAACCCCGCUCCAAGAUCUUCCACGGCGCCGUCAUCAACCCCCUUUCCCUCUCCUCCUACCUCGCUCUCCCGAAAUGUCUUAUCUGCGUCGGCCCCUCGGGGGAUAUCGCCUGGGUCGUAGAUGACGUGCCGGACUCGCUGGUCCAGGAGGUGAUGGCGCAGAAGGGGGUAGUAUUGGACGGGGAUAGCGUGGAUUUUGUGACAUUGAAGAGGGGAGAGUUUUUGUUGCCGGGAUUCGUGGAUACGCAUACUCAUGCGCCUCAGGUCCCGAAUAUCGGAAGCGGACAGCAGUACGAACUCCUUGAUUGGCUGGAUAAUGUCACAUUCCCUAUGGAGGCCAGGUUCGCUAACGUCGACUUUGCGAAACGGGCAUACGAGUCGGUCGUUAAACGGAUCAUCAACUCUGGGACUACGACGUGUUGUUAUUAUGGGACCCUUCAUCUCGAAGCUACGAAGAUACUUGCCGAUAUUGUGCAUAGUCAUGGUCAACGAGCGUUUGUCGGGAAAUGUAACAUGAACCGGAACUGUCCACCCAGUUACAUCGAACCCUCCGUCGAAGAGUCCAUAGCCUCCACCAAGGCCCUCAUCACCCACAUCCGCACUCUAGCCUCCCCAUCUAGCUCGGAUAACACCACCCCAGCCCUCGUCCAACCCAUCCUAACCCCCCGCUUCGCCAUCUCCUGCACCUCCCCCCUCCUACACUCCCUCUCUUCCCUCUCCAAUUCCACCUCCCCACCCCAUCCCCAUACCGAGCCCCUAAUGAUCCAAACCCACAUCUCCGAAAACCCGUCCGAAAUCGCGUUCACGCUCGAGCUCUUCCCAGACUGUACCUCCUACGCCGACGUCUACGACAAACACGGCCUCUUAGGACCUCGGACCAUCCUCGCGCAUGCCGUGCAUCUGAGCGAGGAGGAAGUGGGGCUGGUGAGGAGGAGGGGGGCAGGCGUGAGUCAUUGUCCGACGAGUAAUUUUAAUUUGAGGAGUGGGGUUUGUAAGGUUGGGGAGAUGUUGGAUAGGGGGGUUAAGGUCGGAUUAGGAACGGACGUCUCGGGCGGGUUUUCGCCUUCGAUACUUACGGCUAUCCAGCAUGCCAGCAUCGCCUCCAAGAUCAUCGCCAUGGAACACGACCAAUCUCAAUCCUCUCCUCCCACUUCCAUCACAACCACCUCUCCCGCCCCAUCCGCCCCCGAACCCCCCAAAUUCGCAAACCGCCAACUCCCCCCCUCCGCCCUGCUCUACCUCGCCACCCUCGGCGGCGCCCACGUCUGUGACCUCUCCUCCCGCAUCGGCUCGUUCACGCCUGGGAAAGCGUUCGAUGCGCUGCUUGUGAGCGUCCGGAGCGAUGCGGGGAAUCUGGGGCUUUGGGGCGUGGAUACGGAUGAGGAGUUGGGUAUCGACAGGGGAAAAGGAGGCAAGGAGGAGUUGGACGAGUUGUUGGAGAGGUUUUUGUUUACUGGGGAUGAUAGGAAUAUGAGGAGGGUUUAUGUGCAGGGGAGGUGGAUUGGUGGGGCGGAGAGAAGGGUGUGA